CGGACCCCGCCGUGGGCGAGUCAUCAUGAUAAGAACCUUCUCCGCGGGGGGGUUUCUAAAUCCCCCCAUGCAUGCAUGUCUUUACGCCCUUUAUAGAUAGUCUGCUGCUUCCCCUCACUUCUCCUCCCAGUGACACCACGCUUGGCUCAUCAUGCGCACUUCUUCGCAAUCUUCUGGUCUCUGUCUGGCCUUGAUGGCCAUGUCUCUGGCCCUUCCAGCGUCUGCUGAGAAGGUGCUAGGUGCUUACAUCUUUGCUCGGCAUGGAGACCGCACGGCUAAGGUGCUGAAGGACACGGAGUUGACCGAUCUGGGUUACAGUGAGGUCUAUACCACUGGUACUUACUGGCGGAGCCGCUACAUUGAUUCGGACUCCUCUCUGCGGAUCCAGGAUAUCAGUGAAGACAUUGUCAAGCUGAGCCAGAUCAGUGCCUCCACCCCGUCUGACGAUGUGCUGCAGAACUCUGCCACAGGAUUCUUGCAAGGAGUCUAUCCGCCUGUCGGCUCGUCAGCCAACGAGACCUUGGCUGAUGGAACAGUCGUCGACUCUCCCCUGGAUGGAUACCAGCUGAUCCCCUUGUCCAUGACCGACUCGGGAUCAAACAGCGAGGACACCACCUGGCUGCAGAGUGCGACCGAUUGUCAGAAUGCGGAAGUCAGCAGCAACAACUACUACAGCUCGUCAUUGUAUAAUUCACUUCUUGAUUCUACCACCGAUUUCUAUCAAUCACUCUCGUCGCUAUUGAACAGUACCUUCUCCGAGUCUUCGAUGAGCUUCAAGAAUGCUUACACCAUUUUUGACUAUCUCAAUGUUGGUUCCAUUCACAAUACCACCAAUGUCCCAACAGCCGAGCAGCUCCACCAGGCCUUCCUGCUGGCUAACAUUGAACAAUACAACCUGGCCUACAACUCGUCUGAGCCCAUCCGUGCCGUAGCAGGUGCCAUGCUGGCAGGUGACGUUCUUCAAGGCUUGAACAAGACGAUCACAUCCAAGGGAAAAACCAAGCUGAACAUUCAGUUCGGCUCCUACGGCACAUUCCUAUCCUACUUUGGUCUGGCACAGCUCCCUGCUGCGGAUGUCAAUUUCACUGGAAUCCCUGACUAUGCUUCCUCUAUGGCCUGGGAAUUGGUGACGAACUCGACCUCAAGCGAAUUCCCUUCCACUUCUGACAUCAGCGUGCGAUUCGUCUUCCACAACGGUACACUCAAUGAGUCAAAGAAUGAUAGCCCUACUGAGUACCCACUCUACGGCCGGUCAAGUGCCACCAUCCCCUGGUCCGACUUUGAGCGUCUGAGCACGAAGAUUGCCGUCACAUCGCAGUCGCAGUGGUGCCAGGCAUGUGGUAACACCGAUGGUCAAUGUGCGGCUUACUCGACCAGCUCCAACACUACCUCUACUUCAGCGCCUCAGCAGAAGUCAAGCAGUGGUAUCUCCCGGCCGGUAGCGGGUGUUAUCGGUGCAAUGGUGACUUUGGCGGUCAUUCUUGGUGCAGAGGCGCUCCUCCUUCUCGUGGGAGGAUUCCGCAUUACCAAGAAAGGCGCAGUUGCACAGAACGCAGCUGCUGACGAAGAAGACAAAACAACUUAAGUGAGAACAAAAGCAGUGAGCAUGUCUUGUUGAUGAGUUGGACGACCAUGAUUUUAUGAUGGCUGGGGCAUCGUGAUUUCCAGUCUUAUGCUACUUUUCCACCAAUAGCUGACUUCGUAUCGGGAUCCUGUCCGAGUUGUAAUGAGCCUACGUUAGCACUACAGUCGUUAUGAUAAUUUACUAAGUUGACGCU